AUGACGAGCGUUGAUGAGCUUUUCAAGUCCGCUUCCGGGAGCUCCAAGCGCAAGUUCGAACCCGUCCAAGAUCCUAAUGAGCUCUACAAGGCAGCAAAGACCGAUCCCAAUGGCGACGUGAAAGGAAAGGGCAAGGAACCGAUGGUGGAGGACGACAUGGAGGACGAUGACGAGGCCGGCCCCGAGCUGCCUCCAGAUUUCGAAGAUGACGUACCAGACGACGAAGAAGGCCGAUUCUUUGGCGGAGGUAUGGAACAAAAGACGGCACAGGCAAUGCAAUACAUCGACCAACAAGAGGAAGACGAAGCUGCGCCUGAGAAAUUCGAUACGACGUGGGUGCGCCGAUUUGCGCUGAACUUUGAGAAGAAGAUCUCCAAGAACGCCGAGCUACGAGCCAAGUUCGAGAAUGAUCCUCAAAAAUUCAUGGCCUCGGAAGCCGACCUCGACACUGAGAUCAAGGGACUGUCGAUUUUGUCCGAACAUUCAGAACUUUAUGAGGAAUUCGCCAAGAUGGGUUGUGUCGGAUCCUUGAUCUCGCUCCUCGCACACGAAAAUGCAGAUAUCGCGAUUGGUGUUGUCCAAAUCAUCAGCGAGCUUACAGAUGAGGACGUGGAGGCCCAACAGGAGCAAUGGGAUGCCCUAGUCAAUGCGAUGAUAGAUGCCGAUCUUAUUGAGCUGUUGGCUUCCAAUCUCUCUCGAUUAGAUGAAAAUGUCGACACUGAUCGGGCAGGUGUUUACUACAUUCUUGGUGUCAUGGAGAACCUAGCUUCUCAAACCGCACUCGCGGAGAAAAUCGGACAAGACGCUUCAAUCCUCCCCUGGAUUCUAUCCCGCAUCCAACAGAAGGAAUCCCCCGUAACCCAAAACAAACAAUACUCUGCAGAAAUCCUGGCGAUUCUCCUGCAAUCAUCCUCCAAAAACAGAGAACGGUUCAUCGGUCUUGAUGGCAUCGACCUCAUCCUCCAACUUCUCAGUCAGUACCGGAAACGCGAUCCGGAGAAGGAUUCGGAUGAGGAGGAAUUUGUGGAGAAUCUCUUCGAUUGCCUCAUCUGCCUUGUGGACGAAGACUCGGGGAAGGACAAGUUCAUUGAAGCGGAGGGUAUUGAACUAGCACAGAUCAUGCUGAAAGAAGGAAAAUUCAGCAAGCCGCGCGCUCUACGGGUUCUCGACCACGCCUUCGGCGGAAUCGGCGGCGGUCCUGCGUGCGAGCGACUCAUUGAAGCAGCUGGUCUCCGAACAGUAUUCGGCAUGUUUAUGAAAAAGGUAAGAAAGACUCAGCAUCCAAUCCAAGCCUACCCUAGCCUCGUCUCCAAUCUUACACCAUCACAGCAAGAGGGACAAAAUAUCGAACAUCUUCUGGGCAUCUUUGCCUCGCUGCUCCGGCUUUUGCCCGGUGGGUCGGCACCGCGUAUUCGCACACUGGCCAAGUUCAUGGAGAAGGACUAUGAGAAGAUUGGUAAACUGAUCAAGUUACGUCGGGAGUACGCUGCCCGCGUCUCGCCAGUUGAACAAGCUAUUGAGAAGGAACGCAAGGACUAUUCAAAGGAAGAUCAAGAAUAUAUGGCAGGCGAGUGGCUCUCACGUCGACUCGAUUCGGGACUCUUCUCGCUGCAGACCAUCGAUGUCAUUUUGGCAUGGCUGAUUGCUGAAGAUGACGGUGCUAAGAAGAAGGUUGUUGCGCUUCUUGCAGACCGGGACGAGGAUUUGUCUUUGGUUCGCGGUACUUUGCAAGAACAACUUCAGGGACUUGACGAGGGAGAGCCCGGUCAGAAGGAUUUUAAGGAUAUGCUCAGCACUUUGCUGCAGUUUGUUUGA